UUAUAAUUUAUUUUAUCCUAGGUCGGCGCUGCACUGAGGCCAGCUUUUGCAGCCGAUACCUCUAGCCAUGUAACAGCCACUGCCUGCGAAGUUUGCAGUGCCUGGAUUGGCAGUGGAACAGUCCGAGAUUUAAGUGAUCUGCGCCGCGUUCAUCAACUGUUAGUAUCCUCUUUAGCUAAAUUAAAUCGUCCAUCUCAUGCGCUCUACAAUGAGGCUCUCGCAACUCUCGAAAGGUUGGCCAUUCUGAAGGCAUGGGCUCAGGUUUAUAUAGUCGCAAUGGUAAACAAUGGAAGUGCCCCCAGUUUCGGAAUAGUGUCUCUAAAUGCCUUCAACUCCACGGCGGACUCAACUAAAUCGUCUUACAAUCAGUUUUUGCCUAGUGGCAAUGGCAGUGAUGAUGAAUUUGGGGGCUUUGAGUGCCGAGGGGAAAGUCUGUUAGGUCUUGUACAACCAGAGCUGAAAAGUUUGUCUCAGCACUGGCUUGCUGCUCUGCAAGAUUAUGCUCUUCUUUCGCUUCCAUCAGAAUUUUCAAGCCAAUUACCUCAUGAAGGAGGAGCUUUCUACACAACAGACACAAUGGAAAGCUGCAAAACACAUUAUUCAGCAUCUUGGCCACCCAUCCUUCACGCUGCUGCGCUGUGGCUGAACUCAGUAGAAUUCAAUGUCAGCAAUAAUGAUUUUAAGUCGAGCAGUAUGGAUGUUUUCAUUUUAUUAUUUGGAAUUAGUAUAGAAGCGUUAUGCAGUCCUAGGCUCUCUGAAUCCGAAGAAAAUGUAUUAUCUUGUUUACACUCUCUGUACACAAUUUUAAACUGCCCAACACCUCGUCAAAUGUUAAUGAGUGAUGCUUCCUUAUCAAUUGAAUUGUGUAAUGUUUUCUUAAGGUUACUAUUGUCUAGAUAUGAAGAACCAACACAAAAAUUAGUAAUAGCUGUAAUAAAACAAAUUGUUCAUGCUGCUCAAGAAAAUCUAGAUCAAGAAAAACAAUCCAAGAUCAAAGAAUCAGUCGAAAAAUGUUACAACCCCGAUUCGUUUGGCGAGGGAAGUGAAUCGGGAGAGCUGCAGCCUGGAAAAAGCUUAGUUUUUGCAGUCUUGGAAGUCUGUUCAUGUUUAUUGGCCAAGCAACUUCCUGCCUUGAAUUUUGUUCCAAUUUUGUCUAAUUCUAUUAAACCAGCACAGCCUCCAUCUGGACUUUUUUCCAUGCUGAUGACAAGUGUUCUACAAAUCAUAGAAAAAAUUCCAAGGUUGUGUUCACCUCAAGGUGCUGUGUCUGUUCUACCAACUCUUUUAUUUUUUACGACCAGUGUGCUGAAAGAGAUAGCAGGAAAAACUAGAGGCGAUGCUGUCAACUUAUACUCUCACCCUGUGACAGUUGCUGCCCUACACACUUUACGCAGUCUGUGUACGGACAAGUUCUGCAAAGAUGAUGUGGCAGGUCCACAGUGGAAGGCACUGCUUCAAAGCACUCUUGCAAAAAUCAUUGAUUUGAUUAAAACAAAAUCUGAAGAUACGCAAGUAGAUGAAACUGUAAUGAUGUUAGCAAUUGCAGUCUUUGUACUGCAUGCACCGUCGGAUGUUGUUUGUGUCGCCUAUUUGAAAUAUCCAUGCAUCAACCACUUUAGACUCUGUUUAGAAAAUCCUAAUGUUCAGGUUCGAAUAAAGUGUGUAGAAACACUUCGUUCUAUUUUUGGUCAUGCCGAGCGAAGAGUGUCGGUGGAAUAUAUUCACGCAUUAGCACCAAAGAUAAUUCAACAUUUGCAUGCUCCGUCAGCCAAGCAAGUCUCAACUGAAGCAGAACUAACUUUCGUCAUUCGAAUGAUCUAUACGAUGGAAACGCUCAUCCAAUUAGUUGAGUCUAAAAACAGAAUCCAACUGUUAAGUGUGCUAGUGCCAGUAUUAAUUGAAUUUCUUCUUCCUGAUGCCAACUUUAAAGCAAUUAAUCACCAUGCCAAACUUUUACACGAAAUCAGUUUACAAUGGCUCAUGAAAAUUGGCCCUCAGUAUCCUCAGGAAUUCAAAAUUAUUAUGUCUCAGUUGAAGGAUCUUAGACUGAGACUGGAAUCAGCUGUCAAAUCAAGCCAAAAUCAGCAACAGCAAACCAAAGUUAGAAUAGAGCAGACUCCCUCUGUUAAGGUUGUCAAAGCUCCAACUAUAAAAUUAAAAACAGACUUUGCUAAUUUCACAUCCUAGGGUUUGCUAUCAAUUGUUUUGCACAUAUCUUACAUUGAAACACUGGUUUCUUUGAAGGAGAGAGAAGAAAAAUGUAGACUUAAUAAUUGUUUUCUCUUGUUUUUGUAAUUUUUAUAUUCUGUGUUAAUAAACGUGUAAAGAUCUUGUCCCCAUUGUGUGAUAAAACCAACUCUUCACAAGUACUGUGGAAAAAUGGAGUAACUAAUGUCGGUCUUGUAACUCGUCAGUGACAACCACCAUUGGCUUGUGAGUGAAAAUUGAAAAGAAUGUGAUUUAAUCUUCAACCUGUCUUCAUUAUUUUUGUACCAUGCUCAAAAAAUCCUAAUCUGAUUAUUUUCAAGGUGAACUUGUGUUAAAAUGUAUCUUCAUUCAUAAAAUUAUUUUCAAGGUGAACUUGUGUUAAAAUGUAUCUUCAUUCAUAAAAUGUUCGACAUUGC